AUGCGCAAUAUCAAGGUCCCCUUGGAAAAGCGGAAAAGGGUAUCAAAAGCCUGCAACACCUGUAUGAAACGAAAACAAAAGUGCGAUGGCCAAAAGAAUUGCUCAUACUGCCGCAAGAAAGGCAUGACUUGCGUGUACCGGCCGAGUAAAUCCACCGUGUCGUCAAGCGACUCGACUGUGUCUUGCUCGCCUCCAAACGAUUUGGGCGAACAGUCACCGGAAGCUGUCGAAUACUCCGAUACACCAGACAUAAGUGGGAAAGUAACCAUGAGGAGAUCAACAAGUCCAGGGACAUUGUCCAGUUUCCGCAUUGCUUCUGCAUCAAGACCUGGAGAAUUUAGGAAACUUACGCACCCUCGGACAGCGUCGGAUCACCAGCCUAUAACAUUGUGUCUUCCGUUGCCAGAACCACCAUUCUUUUCUCAUUGCUAUGCUACCGAAUCUUUCGUAGCUCUCGUCAAGCAGCAUGUGGAGCGAAGCUCUGGAUCUUCAGAUUUUACAGAGUCGUCGUGUCUCUGGUCUGAGCCGCAGCAAACAAGCCCUGCAAGCCCUUGCCUAAUAUGGCCCCCUGAUUUGCCUCGAAUUACUAUUGAGAGGCUAGUCAAAUCCUAUUUCACCAAUGCCAAGACGCUUGGUUUCAUCGACGUUACAAGCCCCGAAUCUGUCGAAGCCAAACUGCAUCGAAUUUACAAUGGACCAAGCCAGGUGCACUAUUCAGAUCGGUGUAUUAUCUAUCUGGUGCUGGCGAUCGGGCUUACGUUUGAUUCUGGUCUAGCAGAAGGAGCUUUGCAGGUCACCAAUCUAAAAGAACAGUUUUUCGCAAGCGCUGAAGCAUUGCUUCAGUCAAUUGAAACACAAAGAGGAAUAGAGACCUACAAUGGUGUCCCAUGGACCCUACAGGCUCUCGUUUUGAUGUCGCUCUACAUGCUGUGUGUAUCAAGGCGGCAUGCUGCACACUCUUACUGUGGUCGAGCUUUCGAAGUUGCUCAGUCGUUCGGGAUUCAUCGAGGGAAAGAGGCUGAGGGCGAGGGAUUAUCUGGUACCCAAGCAUGGAUCAUACUAAGACGAAAGGUCUGGAGGAGCCUCUUCGUUCUCGACAGAUUCCUCGCUGCCACAUUAGGCAGGCCACUGACUAUUCAUCAACACACUGAAGAGUCUCUUAACAUGAAGAAAGGGACUCCUCUCAACUUUGUUGUCGAUGCAUGCCGGAUCAUCGAUAAAACCGUCAAGGUUAUAUACUCGGGAUCUGAGAUAUCGAUGAAAAAUGUAUUAUCAGGGAUUGAAUACCUUGACUUGCUUAUAGAUGCCCAAGUCGAUACGGCUCAUUCCGUGGAACAAGUUCGCGUCGACCCGCUUUGUCUCUAUGCUGAAAUUCUUCUUUGCCGGCCAUUCUUUCUUCUUCGCUUCAUCGCUUCCACGGAAGAACGCGAAGCUCUACAUAAUAUCGAACCACAAAUCAACAAGCUAUCACAGAGAUGCGUUUCCAAAUCGAUGAGAGUAAUAGAGACGCUCAAAGAAGGAAGGUGUCUCACUUCGUCUUUUCCUGUUGAUCCCUUUACUCCCUACGUCUUGAUUGAAGCGACAUAUGUACUACUGUGUACCAUGUUGGGGGCAAUGAAGGAAACAAACUCUUAUGCGAAGCAUUCCGCUUCGGUGCUGAAUUUGUUUCUACGUGAUUGUCAGAAUCACGCAAGGAUCGUCAAGCCAAAACCCGAGGGACACGCAUAUCAGACCAAAACCGAGCCCAUCACUGCCUACGAACCCAGUCAAUACCGCUCUCCUUUCUAUCCGCCAACACAGGGCAGUUUGGUACCUGUUUACGAUAAAAGAGCAGAAAUCGGGGAUCGGGUUGCUAUCAAAAAAGAAAGCGAUGAUCAUUCAAACGCUUUCCCAUCUACGUAUUUUUUCCCACUGGAUAGCAGCACGUUUCAUCACCAACCUUCAGCUGAGUACUCACAGCGUUCGUGGCACAACGAAUAUAAUGAUGAUAUGGAUCUCGACGGCUCAUACGAUUCGAAAAGGUGA